AAGUUGAAUGCGUCAUGGGUGUAUGAUAGUACUUCCGCUUUUCUGUGACGUCCUUUCCGGUCGAACCUGACAACAUGGACGCAAGCCGCGUGCAACCGAUCAAGCUCGCAAGAGUUACCAGGGUCCUUGGAAGGACUGGCUCCCAGGGACAAUGUACACAGGUCCGUGUUGAGUUCAUGGACGACAGCAACCGUUCCAUCAUCAGGAACGUGAAGGGCCCAGUCAGGGAAGGAGAUGUUCUAACGCUUCUUGAGUCUGAAAGAGAAGCUAGGAGGCUGCGAUAGAGCCCACUGAAGUUGUGAUGCUGACCAGAUGCUGUGAAGCUGAUUUUCAUGUUUCACACGUCAAGGCUGACAUCUCCCUUGUUAAAAUGUUUUUCAAAUAAAUGUGGUCCAUGAGAGAAACGUGCAAA